AUGCCCGAUCAUCGCGACUCGUCACCUUGCGAUCCCAUCGACGACGAGUUCACCGCGAAACUCAUCGAGAUGGUUCAAGACAAUCCAUGCGUCUAUGACAAACACGAUCCGAUGAAUAAGUUGGCGCAUGUGAAGAAUGAGGUGUGGAAUGUGAUCACGAAAGAGCUUGACUUUGACGGUCAUCCGGUGGAGCUCGAGAGGAAGUGGCGCCAUCUACGCGACAAGUAUGUGAGGCUACGCAAACAGGAGAAGCUGCACGGACCACUCAAAAAAACAAAUCGUUGGAUCAAUUUCUACGCGAGAAUGUCGUUUUUGGCGCCGUUCAUCGAACAUCGCAAUCGGAAACGGAAGGACGAUGAGAAUGAGGAAGCGUGUGAUUCGGAUAAAAAAGAGGAGUAUGAUGUGGACAUGACGCCGAAUGAGACAUUGAAUCAAUUCUACGCCAAUUUACUUUCAACUGAUGAGCUGAUCUCACCAAAAGAGGAGCCAGCGCCUACGACGACUAGCAGCAAUUCGAUGUCGGCCAGAUAUUCAGAUGCCUCAAGAUUCUCGCAAUCAUCACCGGUAUUCGAGCCAACGCCGACGCCGCCACCGAAGAAGCGGAAAACCGCCGCCGCGAACGCCGAAGGAACUCCCGAAGAAUCCGAAGUCUCGCUAUUCGUUCGAUCCAUCGCCAAAACGUUGGAGGCGAUGGAUCCGCGGACAUUUUCAAUCGCGCGCCUAGAAAUUGCCAAAGUCCUACACAGUUGUCAAUACGGUGAUCUAAAGCCAUAA